AUUGGGCCAUGCGCUGCCGAUCAACGCUGCUAAAGUAAAAGGUUUAAGCGCAUUUGCGAGCCAUCUCAGCAAUCAGUUUGUCUGCUUUAUUCAAGAAGUCAAAAGCGAGUGUAAAACCGUUUUAAAUAAAGUUCGUCAGGCAGAAGAAUGGCUUCAACGUUAAUGCAUUUGAUGCGUUUAUUGCCGAUUCAGAUAAUAUUUCUCAUUUAUCAUAGUAAUGCAACAGACUUACUGUCCAGCCUGUCAGUAGUGCAAGUGGAGCCGUCAACACGUGUUUUACAUGACAUUAGUAGUUCGCCAAGUUAUCGCCAUAGCUUUCAGGACAUAGAAACACAAAGUCAACUUAUUCGUCAAGAAGUCAGCCGUGAACAAUGUGCCCUUUACAAAGUUGUCAUGAGUCAGCAACUUUAUUUCGAGUAUAUCCACUACAAAAUCAGUCUUCCGGAUCUCAAGGAAUUUACUCUUUGCAUGUGGACAAAGUUUACUAAUCAUACAAAUGAUCAUCCAUUAUUUUCAUAUGCAGUGCAAGGGCAACCACGGGCCAUUCUGUCAUGGAUAGCUAAUACUGAACGCAGCUCUUACUAUAUGAUGAGUGUGGAUGGACACAAUCUUUAUCGAUUAAAUUAUCCACUACAAUUAAAUAAAUGGUAUCAUUCCUGCCAAAGUUGGAAUGGCCACACUGGAGAGUGGCAAAUUUGGAUCAACGAUGAACGUGUAGGAAGAGGAUUCAACAACCGGCUUGUUGGGCAUAUAAUCAAAGGAGGUGGAGUUGCUAUUUCUGGUCAGGAACAAGGACAACUGGAUCAAGGCCUUUUGAAAAGUGAUUUGCUGGCAACAGUGACUAUUGGUAUGCUAGGCGAAUUAACUAUGUUACAACUAUAUCACGUUGCUCUCACGGCUGGUAAAGCUCAUCGGGACCACAAGCAUCACCAUGCUCAUCAUUUUGAGCAUAACUCUGACAACCAUUUGUUAUCUUCUACAAAAACGCAAGUACCGGUCACUGGACCACCCCUUCCAAUAAACCCUUAUAUUACUGGUGGCCAAAUCAAUCAUCAGGUUAAGCUUAAUCCAGGAGCGCAUAUUCAGAUAAUACAGAACGGUGUAACUUUGCGUCACCCAAAUACGCCUUCAGCUGCGAAAGUGCCUCAGCCAUUACCGCUUGCAAUUCAACCUGCUUUAGCGACUACCGAACAUAGUCUUACUUCAUCCCAGCCAAAGUUAUCUUAUAAUUUUGUUAAAACUUUAAUAGAUAUUGGUGGCAGCAAUAUUCCGAGCAGGAGUGAUGUGCCCGUCAGUGAAUAUAGUUUUGUUAACAGGCAAUAUCGACACACCUUUGCCACUAAACCUGUACUAUUUAGUGAACAAAUAGUUACAUAUCCGCAGCCAGAAAGCCAGUUGAAUGGAAGAGUUAAUGAGGACAUUAAUCAAAUGGACAAACUUGUAGAGCUUAAGAAAAUAACUAAAAGAAGUACUCUUAAUAAAAGUAUCAAAAAGGUAAACCCUAUCGUUUCGCCAGUAGAGACACUUAUGGACAAAAAGAAGCGUGGUAUCGUGUUUGUAGAUGGUUCCAAAGUGGAUGAGUCUUACCUUUAUCAAAGACCACAGCUUUUGACAAACGAUGAUAAUACUAAUUUCUUUGCUGGUUUAAGAAGCUAUGGAAUAAUACCGACUGAAACUGAUGUUGAUUUGCGCACAAGCAAUCAGGAGGAACGUGAACCCGCUGAGGAGGAAGUUAGAAGGGUUAUGAAUAUUUGCAACGGUUGUAUAAAAGAACCAUUCGAAAGAGCACUUGCCAUGUCUUGGCGUAGAGUACCUAAAAAAAUUUAUUCUGGUGCACUUCAUGUACCUGCUGAUCAAAACUGUAAAGCAUUUUGAUUAUUUAUUCGAAUAUUCAUUUUAAUAAAAUCAAUAAUUUUGUCUCAAAAAUAGGGCUAUACUUACAAAAUAUAAUUCCAUCAUGACUUAUAUACUGAACAUUUUUAAUAAGAGUUAAUUAAAAUUUUAGAAAUAGUACAAAAAACAUUUCUCAACAGCCUUAAGAUUUGAUGGGCUUGAAUUUACUAUCGUUUACGUUGUACUUAGCUUCUAUUAUUUUACCUAAGUUCGCAAAAAUUACAAGUAUGCUAAGUUGUACAAAAGUUAUUUUUCUAAAAAUUAUAAAUAAGUUAAUAUAAAUCAAUAAUGUAAUAAAAAAUUAAAUGAAAAAGUAUAAUAUAUUUCAAUUUUGGAGAAAUCCAAAAAAGUAUGAAAAAAUAAAUACCUAAA